AGGGGAAAUACCUGGAGGAUAAUGACCUAAAGGCCUUUGUCAUUUUGCAGAAUUUGUUUUACCAAAGACUGUCGAAUAAAGAUAGUUCAGCUCAGGGUGUUACUUUUGGUGUUGGGUAGAAGAUGAGGAAACACCGGAUGUUAGCGCUGUGCGCUCUUCUGGGCGUACUUUCUGCAGGACUGCUGCCCAAACUUGACGCUCAAGAGGAAGCACAUGAGUCAGCUGACCUUGUACUCUUAAUUGACGGAUCUGAGAAUGUUGGAGCGGCCAACUUCCCCCGUGUGCGCGAUUUGGCUAUGAAAGUCAUUGAGGGCCUUGAUGUGGGCAGGGACACAAUUCGGGUGGCCGUGGCUCUGUACAGCACGGACCCCGAGGUUCAGUUCUUUCUAAAUACCUAUGAGAACAAAGCCGCUGUCCUGGAUGCAGUGAAGGCCAUUCAGUUCACAGGCAACAAUGAGGCUAACCUUGGAGCCGCCUUGGAGAAAGUCGCUGAGAGCCUGUUGAGUCCGGCAUCAGGGGGCAGGGCAGAGGAGGGGGUGCCCCAAGCUCUGGUGGUUAUCAGUGCUGGACCGUCCAAUGACGAUUUCAGUGCGGGUGACCGGGCUCUUAAGGCAGCAAGCGUUAUCACGUUUGGCGUAGUGGUCGGCAGCACGGCCACCGCCGAGCUGGAGACUAUCGCCACAGACAAGAGCUUUGUUCUGUCGGCCCCCGAUUUCAGGGCAGUGGCAAGCAUGGGUGACCAGCUGCUACCAUACGUUAACGGGGUGGCCCAGGGUACCAUUGUCGUUCUGAAUGAAUUCACAGAAGCCUUGGAAGUGGGAAAAAGGGACAUCAUUUUUCUCAUUGACAGCACUAUGGGUGCCACAACGAUCAACUCUCUUCGAGAGUUUAUCAAAAAGUUUGUUGACACCAUGCCAAUCGGACCGGACCAAGUGCAAGUAGGUGUGGCCCAGUUCAGCAACGCUGCCAGACUUGAGAUAGACCUGAACUCAUAUGGAUCCAAGGAGGACCUGAAUGCGGCUCUGGGAAGACUCAAGCCAAGACCGGGACAAGUGGUGAACAUCGGGGUGGCCCUGGACUUUGUGAGGACCAACAUGCUGAGGGCUGAAAAGGGGAGUCGUAUUCAGCAGGGUGUGCCCCAGCUGGUGCUGUUGAUGACCAGUAAAAAGUCCAGUGACAGUGUGGGGCAGGCUGCUGAGGCACUGCAGCGCAUGGGGGUUCUGACCCUGGCCGCUGGCUCUAAGACUGCCGAUGAGCAGGAGCUGAAGCAGAUUGCCAUUGAUGAGAGUUUGGUCUUCAUGCUGAAGGACUUCCGCAUAUUGCUUCGCAACCCAAGGAUGAUUGUCUCUCUCCUCUCCACUCUAUCUGGGGUUGUGGUGACUGAGGAACGCACAGAGCCAGUGGUUGAAAUUACAACAGUGCAGACCCAGCGAGUAGUCAGAGACAUCGUCUUUAUGGUGGAUGGCUCUAGCUACAUUGGGGGUGCCAAUCUUCCAUAUGUGCGGGAUUUCAUUGUCGGCGUGGUAAACCUGCUGGACGUGCGGCCCGACAGGGUGCGCAUUGGGCUUAUGCAGUUUGCAGAGAACCCAAAGAUCGAAUUCUACCUGAACACACACAAUACAAAGCAAGAUGUGCUGGCUAGAGUUGAUCAGCUCAGGCUAAUGGGAGGAUCUGCUUUGAACACUGGAGCGGCUAUGGAUUAUGCCCUUACCAACAUGUUCCAGGCCUCGACUGGGUCACGUAAGAGGCAGGGUGUCCAACAGGUUCUUCUCCUGAUCACUGGAGGCCCAUCCCAGGAUGAGGUUAAAAAGAUUGCAGACAAAGUGGCUGUGGCGGGUGUACUGACCUUCACAGUCAGUGCCGGCCAGGCAGAUGAGGCCUACUUGAAGACGGUCGCUUUCGUCCCAAACUUGGCUUACCACGAAGGCAGAUUUUCUAGCCUACCAAGUGUUGUUGAACAGAUCAUGACUCCUUUGAUUACUGUGGUCGGCGACACCGACAUCUCAGUAACAGACAUCGAAAUAACCAAGGAACCUGCAGUUGUUGGAGGUGAGAGGGAUGUUGCAUUUCUGAUUGACGGCUCGGAUAAUGUCCGAGCAGAUUUCCCCUACAUCCGGGACUUUAUCAUCAAAGUCAUUGAGCCUCUUGAUAUUGGACAAGAUAGAGUACGGAUUUCAGUUGUCCAACAUAGUGAGAGGCCAGCUCCCAACUUCUACCUGAAUACAUAUAAGGAUAAGGCUGAAGUGUUAAGGGCUGUUAAUGAUCUAAGACUGGCCGGUGGAAGGAGUCUAAACACCGGAAUGGCCUUGAAAUUCAUGAAGGACACUAUCCUGUCCCCGGUUCAUGGUAGCCGUGCGGCCCAAAAUGUCCCCCAGUUUUUGAUAGUUUUGACUGGAGGCAAGUCAAAGGAUAGUGUGAAGGAAUCUGCUAGCGCUUUAAAGACCGAUGGAGUGGUACCAUUUGGCGUUGGUGUCAAGGAUGCAGACCCUAAGCAAAUCGAGGCCAUUUCUCACAACCCAUCCUUUGCUUUCAAUGUGAAGGAAUUCAGCCAGCUCAAUAUGGUACAACAAAGGCUCAAUAGCUAUGUGAGCCUUCCCAAGGAAGAGCUGAAGGUCAUUCUGGACCAAGUCACCACAACCGUAGUAUUCACUGGCGGAGAAAAGAGGGACGUGGUUUUCCUCAUUGACGGCACAACAGCGGUGCGCAGCGAGUUCCCCGCCAUCCGUGACAUGAUCGGGAGGGUCGUGGAAAAGCUGGACGUGGGUCUGGAUCGGGUGAGGGUGUCAGUGGUGCAGUACAGCGACGGUGCCACGGUGGAGUUCCUCUUGAACGAGCACUCCACCAAAGACGAGGUCCGCCAGGCCACGAGGAAGCUUCAGAGCAGCGGUGGGAACCGUCGGAACACUGGCCGUGCCCUUGAAUGGAUCUCCAAGAACAUCUACCAGAAAUCAGCAGGUAGCCGCAUUGAGGAGGGAGUUCCUCAGUUCCUCAUUCUAGUCACAGGGGGAAAGUCCAACGAUGACGUCUCUGGACCGGUUAAUCAGCUGAAGACCAACCUGGUUGCCCCUUUAGCCAUCGGCACAAAGAAUGCCGACCCCAAUGAACUGAGGCAGAUCGCCCUAAAGCCAGAACUUGCCUACUCCAUUAACAACUUCGGGCAGCUUCCAACAGUGGAGCAGCAGCUUAUUGCUUCAGUCAACACCAUGACCACCACUGACAUCUCCGGCAGUUUUGUUCCCUCAGUUUUGGAUAUUGCUAACCUCAACAUGGGGCGGAAAGAUAUCAUCUUUCUCAUCGAUGGCUCGGACACCACAGGCUCCAAUGGCAUCGCCCACAUCCGUGACUUCAUCCUCAACAUCGUUCAGCAACUAGAUGUGCAACUUGACCAGGUCCGGGUCGCUGUCGUCCAAUAUUCCGACAAGGUCAAGACAGAGUUCUCUCUCAACUCCCACAACAAAAAAACAGCUGUGCUCUCAGCCAUCAAAAGACUACGCCAGCAGGGUGGAAGAUCAUCCGAUCUUGCCAACGCCAUCGAGUAUGUGACCAGGAAUGAGCUGAAAGCCUCGGCGGGUGUCCGGCUUGCGCAGGCCUCCCAGCAUCUAGUGGUCCUUACCGGCAGAAGGUCCUCCACUGACGUGUCCGUGUACGGCCCUCUGCUUAAAGGCUCCCGGGUUAACUGCAUCGGCAUCGGGGCUGGUGCAGACUACAGGGAGCUCAACCAGAUUGCCACCAGCUCUGCCGAUGUUCUCCAGGUACCUGCUUUCCCCGGCUUGCCUGUCAUUAAGGAGAGGUUUAUUGCCAGGCUGAACGGAACAAUGCCUGAUGAGGCACCACCAGAUUUUGUCGACCCAAGCCUCCCUAAAGCCAAGGUUGCUGAUAUUGUAUUCUUGGUGGACGGCUCCAUCAACCUGGGCAAGGACAACUUCAAGGAGGUGAUGGGGUUCAUCCAGAACCUCAUCGACCUCUUCUUCACUGAGCGUGACAACCUGCAGAUUGGCCUGGCGAGCUACACCACCGACGUCACCGACGUGUUCUACCUCAACACCUACAAGAACAAGGAUGACAUAAUCGAUGCCAUCAGCCGCACCGAGUACAAGGGAGGCCGCAGGAUCAAUACAGGUACCGCCAUCCACCACGUACAGGAGAACCACUUCAUCAAAGAUAAAGGCAGCAGGAAGGAUGAGGGAAUCGCCCAGAUCCUGAUGAUCAUCACCGGCGGAAGGUCGGCCAGCGAUAGCAAGACCGCAGCUCUGGCGUUAAAGGCCACCGGUGUGCGCAUCUACGCUGUCGGCGUGGGUGACAUUGAGGAUGAGUUGAACAACCUGGCGAGUGAGGCCUCCACAGUGGCCAGGGCAAGCACGUUUGUGGAGCUCUCUGAGCUCAACGAGCAAAUCCUUGAGACAUUGGAUGACGAGGUGAAGGGAAUCAAGCUCUGCACUGGCGUGAGCCAGGAGCCCUCAAAAACCUGCAGUCUGGAGGUGUUGGUAGGCUUUGAUGUGUCCUCACCAAACAUCUUCCAGGCCCAGAGGAUCCUGGAGUCCAAGAUGGGUGCCAUCCUCCAAAGGAUCACCAAGAUGACGGGCAUCAGUUGCUCGUCGGGCCAGAUCCCAUUGAUCCAGGUGGGCAUCCUGGCCAUGGAUGCCGCCUCAGAACCCGUCCACCUGGAGUUCACGGACAACGCCGGCAUGCUGUUCGAGGCAUUCCGAGCACUGCGCGCCCGCGGACCCUACUUCCUCAACGCCAAGACCAUUGCCGCAUAUGGGUCCAGGUUCAAAAGCCGAGCAGCAGAUGCGGUCAAGAUUGUGAUCCAUCUGACUGAUGGUCUGGAUGGCCAGUAUAAUGAAAUGAAGAGACAGGUUGAAGAACUUAAGAUUUCAGGUGUGAACAGCUUUAUCCUGGUGGGUCUGGAGCGGGUACCCAGGUUUGAGGAGGCCGUGCUCCUGGAGUUUGGCCGCGGCUUCAGGUACACCAGACCCCUCAGAGUUAAUGUCAUGGACUUGGACUAUGAGCUUCUGGAGGAACUGGACAACAUUGCUGAGAGGGAGUGUUGCGCGGUGCCAUGCAAAUGCACCGGCAGAAGGGGAGACAGAGGAGCAGUCGGACUUGGAGGACUGAAGGGUGGUCCAGGCGGAGCAGGUGGAGCAGGACAUCCCGGAGAUGAGGGUGGAUCCGGAGACAGAGGUCCUCCUGGUGUCAACGGAACUCAAGGUUUCCAGGGAUGUCCUGGGCAGAGGGGCAUCAAGGGUGGUCGUGGGUACUCUGGAGAAAAGGGUGAAUUUGGAGAGAUUGGCCUGGAUGGCAUCAAUGGAGAAGAGGGCAAGAGUGGAGUCGCUGGACCCCCAGGAGACAGAGGAAACCCUGGGAGAAGGGGACCCAAAGGAACUAAAGGACAUGCAGGAGACAUCGGGGAUACCGGAAUCCGAGGAGAUCCUGGUACCACAGGGCAAGAUAACAACGUGGCUGGACCUAAAGGAGACCCAGGCGAUGUCGGCCCAGUGGGAGAGCCAGGGGACGAUGGUAAGAUGGGAGGCCCCGGUGAACCAGGCAGGACGGGUUCUGAUGGUAGAAGAGGCCCACCCGGACAAGCUGGAGACCCUGGCAAACCCGGAGGUGAUGGUGUGCAGGGAGAGCCAGGUAUCGGAGGAUCCAGGGGCCAAGCUGGACCAAUUGGUGCACCUGGUACCAGAGGUGAAGACGGGAACCCUGGACCAAGGGGCCCAGGAGGAGCCCAGGGACCCCCCGGAAACAAUGGCAGGAGAGGACCUCUCGGUCGCAAGGGUGAGCCAGGAGAGCCCGGACCCAAAGGCAUCGUGGGACCUCUGGGACCUCGUGGUGAACCUGGCGAAGAUGGUCGAGAUGGAUUUGGAAUCGCAGGGCCCAAAGGAAGAAAGGGUGAUGAGGGCUUCCCAGGAUUCCCAGGACCAAAGGGAGCGGCAGGUGAUGGAGGAACCAAUGGCGGACCAGGACCCAUAGGAAACCGUGGCCAGAGGGGUGUUUCAGGAGAAAUUGGUACUCCAGGACAGAAGGGAGAGGUUGGAUACCCGGGACCUUAUGGCCAGAAAGGACCGAGAGGACCUGGCGUUGUGCAAUGUGACUUGGUGAAGAAAAUCAGAGACAACUGUCCUUGCUGCUAUGGUCAGCAGGAGUGCCCACUCUACCCUACCGAGCUGGCCUUCGCACUGGACACCUCCGAAAACGUGGGUAGGCCUGCCUUCAACAACAUGCGUGACACCGUGCUCCGCCUGGUUGGCAACAUCACCAUUGCCGAGAGCAACUGCCCCCGCGGCGCCCGAGUGGCCCUCACCCUCUACAACAAUGAAGUGACCACCGAAAUCCGCUUUGCAGACGGGCUGAAGCGGCGUGCACUGGUGCAGCAUGUGGAGGGCCUCCAGGCAUUACAGACGCGCAAACAGCGUAGCCUGGAGACGGCCAUGAACUUCCUGGCGCAGAACACCUUCAAGAGGGUGCGCAGCGGCUUCCUCAUGAGGAAGGUGGCCAUCUUCUUUGUUAAUGGGCCAGUGAAGGAUCAGCGGGCGGUAAGCGCAGCCGCCCUACGCCUCUAUGACUCCGGCAUCGCCUCAGUGUUCCUGACCAAUAAAGAGGAUGGCCAGCUCACCAGAGCUCUGAAGAUGAACAGCACUGGGUCAGCACUGGGUCAGGUGAUUGUGCUGCCCAAUCCCGGAAGUGCACAGUACAUCUCAGCUAUCCAAAAGGUCAUGAACUGCCACAUCUGCCUGGACUCCUGCGCCCCAGACCAAAUGUGUGACUAUGCCCCCCCUCAGCAGUCAAGAGACAGGAGGGCCUCCACCACUGAUGUGGACAUUGACAUGGCCUUUGUCAUGGAUAGCUCCGAGACCACCUACCCCACCGUCUUCACUGAGAUGAAACGCUACGUUGCACACAUCGUAGAGCAGCUGGAAGUCUCGUCGGACCCCGUGGCAUCCAUCCACCACGCCCGCGUGGCUGUAAUCCAGCAUGCUCCCUACGAGUUCCUGCGCAACAGCAGCGGCUCACCCAUCCUUGUGGAUGUGGGCCUGACUGACCACCGCUCGGCCCAGGACAUCCGCAACUUCCUACUUGAGAAGACGCCCCAACUGGAGGGUGGGCGGGCGCUGGCAGUGGCCAUCGAGCACACGGUGGAGCAGGUGUUUGAGAAAGCACCCCACCAGCGAGACCUCAAGGUUCUGAUGUUGUUUGUGACAGGCCCUGUGGAGCAGGAUGAGGAGCGGCUGGUUGCUGUGGCCACCGAGGCCAAGUGUAAGGGCUAUUUCUUGGUCAUCCUGGGUGUGGGCGAGAAGCUGGGUGCUGGGGACACCCGCGUGCUGACGCGCAUGGCCAGCGAGCCGUCCGACGUCUUCUUCAAGAGGCUGACCAGCACCACGCACUUCUACGACAUGCACAUUCAGAACUUUGGCCGACUGCUGCCCAAGUAUCUCAGCAUUGAGAACGUUUUCUACAUGUCCCCUGAAGUCUCCAAAAACUGUCACUGGUACCAGAGUGACCAGUCAUUCCCCAAGUUCCCCUUCCCCAAGUCACACCACAGCCAAGAGAAACAUCAAAAACACGAAAACCACCAGGCAGUCCAUCCAAGAAAGCACAACGACCAAGACUCAGACGAGUUGCACGUAGCCAACGUCACUUCCAGCAGCCUGACCCUGCGCUGGGCCAGCCCGGACCCCAAGUACAUGGCCUACUUUAAGGUGGUGGUGACGCGCCUGCGUGACAACACACUGGUGUUGAGGAGAAAUGUGACGGGCACGGAGCUCACUGUUGGCGGCCUGGAGAGCGCCCAGACCUACCACGCCGUGGUGACCAUGCACGCCGCCCAGGGCCACGUUGCGGCCACCCACAAAGGCAUUAUUACCACCAAAGCAGCAGCAGAGCAUAAGGUCACUGCCCCCAUGGAGGUGACAGGUAUCAUGGCCACUACACCACUGGACAAACCAGAGAUUGCAGAGCCUCAGCAACAAGUGGAGCAGCAGCCCGAGACGGAGAUCCUUCCAGCUAUUGCUCCGCCUCGAGGGCAGAAGGCCUGGGAUUGGUUGGAUGAAAGCCGUGCAAACAGCGGGCGGCGCUCACAGCGACGAGUGAGAAUAAAAGGAAAGAGAAGAAAAGGCUCCCUAGGUGCACCUGUCAACCAAGGAGUCAUUGCCGCAAUAAAAACGUAGGAGGACAUUGAUUCAUUGUCAACAUAUACCUCUACUGUGGAGAUUCUGAGGAAAAUCAACAAAAAUGACCAAAGAGAUGCUAUACCAAAGGAGAGGUGGCUGCACUGGAUUCCACAAACAGGAUUUGAUCAAAAUGAGUAUUGAAGUAGUCUAUAUUACAAAAAGAAAGAAAGCAAAUCAUUUUGCUGCAUGAUUUUUCCUACUGGUGCUACAUAGUGUUUUUUGUGUUUUUUUUUCUCUGGUUGAGUUGCGGAGAACAUCCAGUGUUUGUAAUGUAACAUUUCUGGAACAGUUACAGAAUAUGUUUUUCAUUAAAAAGUUAAACUCGUCAUUUCA